AUGAGCUGUCGAGAUUGGUGCAGUGUGGAAAAUGUGUACCCUCAGCCUGGCUGGGUUGAAAUCGAUCCUGAUGCUCUCUGGGUUCAGUUUGUCACCGUAAUAAAAGAUGCUGUCAAAGCUGCAGGAGUACAGAUGAGUCAGAUUGUUGGUCUUGGCAUGUCCACGCAGAGAGCCACUUUCAUUACGUGGAACAAGAAAACAGGACAUCAUUUUCACAACUUCAUUAGUUGGCAAGACCUAAGGGCAGCUGAACUUGUAAAAUCCUGGAAUAAUUCUCUUGUACUAAAGCUAUUGCACGGUGCCUGCCGAGUCCUUCACUUUUUCAGUAGAAGUAAACUAAUGUCCACAGUCAGUCGCUUCAGUUUCACCACCCAGCAUGUCACCUUGAGAUUGGUCUGGAUUUUACAAAACCUGUCUGAGGUGCAGAAGGCAGUUGAGGAAGACAACUGCUGCUUUGGGACUAUUGACACUUGGCUGUUACACAAGCUCACAAAAGGUUCUUCGUAUGCCACGGAUUAUUCAAAUGCCAGUACAACUGGAUUUUUUGAUCCAUUUGGGAUGUGUUGGAGCAAGCUCAUGGCCUCCAUAGUUUCCAUACCGCUCUCGAUCCUGCCUCCUGUGAAGGACACAAGCUAUAAUUUUGGAUCAGUGGAUGAAGAGAUAUUUGGUGUGCCUAUACCAGUUGUUGCCUUGGUUGGUGACCAGCAGUCGGCCAUGUUUGGAGAGUGCUGCUUCCAGACAGGAGAUGUGAAAUUAACCAUGGGAACCGGGACAUUUUUGGAUAUUAAUACAGGAAACAGCCCUCAACAUAGUAAUGGAGGCUUUUAUCCACUAAUUGGAUGGAAGAUUGGGCAGGAAGUGGUGUGUUUAGCUGAAGGCAAUGCAGGAGACACAGGCACCGCCAUUAUAUGGGCUCAGAAAUUAGGUAAGUCACUGCAAACAAAACCCACAGAAAGUCAGGAACCAGAUAUCGGGGCCCCAUUAAAUGAUCCCUGUGCGUGUGCCUCUUUUAUGGGAUUGAAACAUUCCACCAGUAAAUACCAUCUCGUCCGAGCAAUCCUGGAGUCAAUAGCUUUCAGGAACAAACAGUUAUACGACAUGAUGCAGAAGGAAAUCCGGAUCCCCGUUACGAAUAUCCGGGCGGACGGAGGAGUCUGUAACAACGGUUUUGUUAUGCAGAUGACUUCAGACUUGAUUAAUGAGAGGAUAGACAGACCAGCCCACUUCGACAUGUCCUGCUUGGGCGCGGCCACCUUGGCCGGCCUUGCUGUUGGAUUUUGGGCGGACAAGGAAGAGCUCCAGAGGCUGCGGCAGAGCGAAAUGGUUUUCAAGCCCCAGAAGAAGUGGCAGGAGUAUGAAGUAAAUAUGGAGAACUGGGAGAAAGCCGUGAAACGCUCCAUGAAUUGGUAUAACAAGACCUAACACUGAGGAGCCGACGAAAACCCCACACGACAGGCUGACAGACGGACAGAUGGGAGCUCAGGAUGGCCGACAGGACCCUGGCUGAGAGGAGACCAUCCAAAUGAGCCUCAUGAGGAGAGAAGUGUUGCUCUUUUUAAAAACUCACCAAGAAAAUUUCUUACUUUUUAAAUCCAAAUCUUAGUGACAUUUUAAGGCAGCAACGAUACCUCAAAAUUGUGUCUUCUUUCUUCUAGCAACUUCCAAAGGACAUUUCCACUCCCAACUGCAUUUUGAUAGUUAUGAGUCCUGCUCUUUUUUAUACAGGGUCAAUGGCACAUGGGUCAUAGUUCCUCACCCUCAGAGAGCCAUUACAUGCUGUUAAAAGUUAUGAAAAUUUUUUCUUGUUUAAAAUCAAGUGGACUAUUUGAAAUUCAUAUAGCUAAAAAAGGAAUAAUUGAGAAAACAAAACGCUUUUUUGUAUAAAGCCAUAAUUUUUAAGUAACAUAUCCAAAUCUGAGCUUUGUGCCACUCUGAAGUGAGCUCAGUGGUCAGCGCUUUCCUUCCUUGUGUGUAAAGACACUCCCUUAAUUCUUCCUGCAUAGCCUCUGUUAUUGUUACUAAGGUAUAGUGUCCCUGUAUAGCCCAAGCUAGCUUGAAACUUCAGAUUCUCCUGCCUCAGCCUCUCAGGUCCUGGAACUCUGCGUGUGCACCAUGAUGCCUAGGUGAGCACUCAUCCAUGGAGGAAUGGAUUUUAGUUAGUGGACUGAAAAGGCUGUUUGUGAAUCCGGGACGUUAGAGGCUGAAGGCGGAGGAGCGUGAAGAUGGAGGACUGUGAGCUUGAAGCCUGUCCGGACAAUGUAGGGAGUUCUAGGCAGUCUGGGGGACAUAGUGAGGUCCUGUCUUUAAAAAAACAAAAACAAAAACCUUCCAUUUUAUUUUGUUUGGAGAAACAUCUGCUGUCUAACUCAUGCUGGUUUCUAACUCUUGAGCCUUUUGCCUUAGUCUCCAGAGUAACAUUCUAUUUUUAUAAAAUGCAGGUAGUUAACAUUCUUUCUAGUUCUUUAUAUUUCUCUAUUUGUUGAAAUGCUUACAUAAAUGUCCCUUUUUUAAAAGUGCCUACUCCUUGACAAAGUUUAAAUUAUUAAUAUUAGUUUUUUGUUGUUGUCUUUUUUGUUUUUGUUUUUGUUUUGGAUUUUUCGAGACAGGGUUUCUCUGUGUAGCUUUGGAGCCUGUCCUGGAACUCACUGUGUAGCUCAGGCUGGCCUCGAACUCACAGAGAUCCGCCUGCCUCUGCCUCCCCGGUGCUGGGAUUAAAGGCGUGUGCCACCAUUGCCCAGCGGCUUUUGUUUGUUGUCUGUUUUGUUUUGCAACUAGGUCUCAUUAUGUAACUCAGGCUGGCCUAAAACACCAGAUCCUCUUGACUCGGUCUCCAGAGGUGCUAAGAUUGUGGGAGUGUGCCAUACCUGGCCUCAGAGUUUACUGUAAGUGCCCUAGUUUAUUGGUAACUUAAGAAUUGCUUUCCUGGGCUAUUUAUUGAUGUAUCUUUUGCUGUUUGUCUGUCCUGCUCACCUCUGAGAGUUAGCUGAGGCUGGCUGACAAGGUGAUGGACCUUGUGCUUGAUAAUGAUUGCCCUUACGGUACCACUGAGCCAGUCCCCCCCAAAGAACCCUUGUUGCUGGAAACAGUGUCAAUGAACGUUGAGAGAAGCCUCCGGCUGGGUAUAAAAUUGUCAUGGGGCAGUUGACAGUGCUCCAGCCUCUUCUGCGUCGCUUGCCCCUCUCUCCACUGGGGAUUUGGAGUUUGAGAGUGAAUGAACUUGUUCCCAUCUUGGUCACUAUCACAACCAUUAUAGAACUACCUACUACAUAAAUGUGUCACUAAAGGAGCAGCUGUUAAGAAGGAAUGUUGCUGCUGCUAUCAUGUGUCCAUUUGGGAGUCAGUUAUACUAGAAUGAAUAGCUACGUUGUACUUUGUGCAAAUUGUUUCCCUGGGCUCCCAGUGUCUUCAAAUAUUUAAAAAAAAAAGUUUCUUAAAGGAAACAUUGUAGCAAACACAUUGCAUCAUUAACUGCAUUAACAGUUCCAGAGCCAAGGGGAUGGCUCCGCAGGUACAGGCGCUUGUCAUACAAGCUUGCCGACCUGAGCUCAGCCCCUGACCUUCCACCAUGCAAAGGUGGAAGAAGAAAACCGACUCCAGAGUGUUCUUAUGACCUCUACGUGUACAUGGUGCUGUGCACACACUCUCCGUAAUAACAAUAAAUAAAAACUCUAAAAAAGAUUUGGAAGUAGGUUUUGUUAGAAGUAUUUUUGUUUACUGUAACAAAUCAGAUCCUAUGUAGAUAGCUUACUCUUUUUCUCCUACAACGUUUUUACAUAGCUUUGUGACCAGUUACAGGUUUUCCCAUCAAUCAUGUGAAAGCUGCUUUAUUUAAAUAUUUUAUAGAUUCUGCUGGUAGGUAUGAUUUCAUGGGAAGUAAUUUUGACCCUUUGUACUAGGAUAGACUAAAUUGUGAUGUUAAUUGCUAAAGGUUUAUUUUCCAUUUCUUCCCUACGCUCUUACCACUACAGAGAAGGAUAAAUAUCCUUUAGAUAAUGUGAAAAACAACUAAUAUCUCAUCCGAAUUGAGCUUCUCUUGCAAGAUCAGUUACUUUUUUUUUCCUUCUGUGGAUCUAGAAGCUAUUCUUUUGCUUUUUGGCUUUCUGACCAUAUUUUAGUGACAGAGCUUAAUGAUUCUUGUAAGAUUUAAGUGAAAACAGAAAUACUAGGUCAUUUGUGGCUGUAGAGACAGUUGUUAAUCAAAAACAAUUGAAGAACAUUGUCCAGUCAUCUGCCUUUUGAAAGUGAAAUAUGCUAAUACUUCUUAGCAUAUUUUCUUUUCCCAUUGUAGACCUACCAUGCAUUUUAAGAGGUCUCCAGUCAAUAAGGAUGAUGUAGCCCGUCUUAAAGCAGUACUAACUGCUUUAUACUCUCACUUUCUGAUCUUCAAAUCUCUAGUAUCCAUCUGUGAUUAUGGUUUCUCAAUGUCAGCAUUGAUCUUUGCUUUGUGUUUGUGACAAGGUCUCACCAUAUAGCCCUGGCUAUCCUGGAACUCACCAUGUAGACGAGGCUGUCCCCACACUCAUAGAGCUCUGCUUGCUUGCCUCUGCCUCCUGAAUUCUGGGAUUAAAGGUGCAUGCCACCACACCUUGCAACACUGACAUUUUGAACUUCAUCUGUCUUUGCUUUGUGAUACUACACUGGACACAUAUGCUUGGCGGUGUCCUUGGCCUCCUGUGUUGAACAUGGCUCCAAGUGCAUGUCAACAUGAUCCACCCUGGGAGGUAAAAAUCAUUGUCAGUUGAGAGCCAUGAUCCGGGCCAUUAGAAGAAAAAUGAAGAUUUGGUGACUGUAGUAACAUUUCCAAUGUUCUCUGCCCUGUUUUCUUGUAGGAAAUGAACUUUUAACAACAAUGGAAAAGUAGGGAGUAUCCUAAAAUACAGUUUCUAUUUUGCUGGGUAAUGAAGAAAAAGUUGUCUUCCGUUGUUUGUGUCCCUCACCUCUGUAGUGGGAUCAAGCCUAGGGCCCUGAGCCUGACAGUCAACCCUUCGGCUACUGAGCUACACGCAGCCUAUACUUCUAGUACUUAAGUAGCUCAGUCCUCUUCCUGUGUGGUCAUAAUUAGUGGACAUUUGGCCUCGUGGUGUGAGCGAUACAUUCUGUAGAUCAUCUGUGAUUUGAUCUGUCCUCACCCCCAUUUUUCCUACAGGAUCUUACCCUGUGGUGCAGGUUGACCCGGAACUCAUGGCCGUGUUCCUGCCUCAGCCUCCUGGGUGCUGAUGUUACAGGCAGGAAUCCCCAAGCCUGGCUUUGCUCCGCUUUCUUCUCUGAACAAGGAAAAGAUCACUGUUCCAAACCUUCAGUAGAUAUGAUGCUUCCUGACGCGGAAGCCAUGUUUGCCCUCCACUGCCACCCCUCCCCAACUUAACACUGUGCCUUCUUGUUUAUGGAUGGACUCUUACUUUACAUUUCUCUUUGAUGUUACAUUUAUUGAUAAUAUCUUAUACUUGUUGGAAAGGAGGAUAUUUACAACUAGAGUCAUGAUGUUUAUUGUAAAAAAAAAAUCACAUCUGUGUAUUUUCAGAUAUUUUUGUAGAGAUAUACAUCCGUAGAUACACGUGGGUGUAGCAGCUUUUUUGUUGCUGGUCUGGGAACUGACCCUGGAGCCUGGUGCAUGCUAAGCAUGCCCAGCUACUUUUAACUUUUUCAGGUAUAGUUGAAACUUUAAUUCACAGGUUUUAUAUAUUUGACUGCAGAUAGUAACAUUGUAUUUUAAGAGUACCCAACACUCCAGGUGCUAUAGGAAGGAACCUCAGAAGUAGCCCUAAAACAAAACAUCCAUACUGGGGACCAGUUUUUUUGUUUGGUUUGGUUUUAGUUUUUUGGUGUUGUUUCUUUGGUUUGAUUAUUUUUCGAGACAGGUUCUCCCUAUGUAGCUCUCGCUAUCUGGGAACUCACUAUGUAGACCAGGCUGGCCUCAAAAUCCCUAGCGCUGGGAUUAAAGGCGUGUGCCACCACCGCCCAGCUCACUUGAACAAUUAAUUCUUAAUCCUUUUAGGAAAUUUAGAUUGUGCUUUUUAAAUAAGAAUAAGAAGUCUCAGACACACCCUGAACUUUUAAGAGUCUCCUGUUAGGGAAUCAAAAGCCCAAAAGAGCCUUCAGAAUAGGAUGAUUCAGAACUUUUGUUAUUCUGUUCUCAAAGCCUUUCUGCACUUUGCAUUUUUUUUUCAUAUCUGGGUAACUAUUGGGAUUGCUUAGUUAAAAGUUCCUGAUACAGGAACUUGAGCUUAAAUGGUUUUUAGGUUGGGAGGUAGCUUAUUUGGUAGAGCUCUGGUCUAGUGUGCACAGGGCCCUCCCUAGGUUUGAUCCCCAGUACUGUAAAACGGAAAGAGAAGAAUAGAGUCUUUAUGCUGAGUGGCUGUCCCAUUUUAUGUUUCUGCCAUCAGUGUGUGAGCGAUCCGGUCUCUCCAUGUUCUCUCACCAGCAUUUGGUGAUGUUAUUUCCUGUGCCUUUUGCCAUCUGCUCGCCAUCAUCUUUUAAAUCUCUGUUCAUAACUUUGUCCGUUUGCCAAUUGAAUUGUUUGCUAAAUGAGCUGU